CAAACUUGUCACUGUCGGAUAACAACAUGACGUUUGCAAGCACUUCUAAUGAUGCCGAAUGUUUCCUAGAAGAUCACGAAGCGAUAAAUCUUCUUUCUUACAAGCAUCAGUGCAGUUUAAGAAAUGAACCUCACUACUUGCAAAAUCGGAUCCCAUCAUCCGAGAGUUUGGUCUUCCGGGCUCGACAAUGCUUUCUCAUUGAUCCAAACCACCCACAAACAAAACGUUUCUUCCAAUCCAGCUACACGUACCGUUCGGAACUGAUACGUCACAUCAAGAGCGACUACUGGUUCAUUAUCCAUCCGUUCAGCAGCUUUCGAUUCUAUUGGGAAAUCUGGUUGUUGUUUUAUAUGUACACCAUCACGAUUCUUAUACCGCUGGAAGUUUCAUUUGCUACGGUAAUGCGGCAUUCAAACCAGGUCUAUUACCGAUCCGUCGCUCUUAAUAUGGCCGCAACCGCCGAGGUUGUGAUCAAUUGUAUUACCGGUUACUCGAAGGAUAAAUAUUAUAGAAACAUUCAGUUUAGUCCUUGGGAGAUUUUCAAAAAUUACCUCAAAGGUAAAUUUAUAAUCGAUUUUCUGUUCGCAAUUCCGGUGAGUUUGCUGGUGAGAGUGUCUGGCAUCGAAGCGCAAUGGCUUACGAUAUUUUUGGAUAUAUACAGUGUGAUAUUGUUUCUCAAAUUAUUAACAGUGUCGGUAAUCUGGAGAUAUCUAAUGAAUAUUUUUGAGAAGUUAAAUAUUAGUAUGAUAAUUUACUACAUUUUGCGGUUUAUGAUGAUAUCAGUACUAUUUUUACAUUGGUGUGCUUGUUUCUAUAAAUCGGCGGUAACUUUUAGGGAUGACCCAGAGUAUGGCCUAGAUCCAAAAUGGGAUCAACAUCAAGCCUAUCUUUUGGAUAUUCGAAAUGGAAUAGGCGCUCGCUAUGGCCUCUGCUGCAAAUGCGUUUCGUACUAUUUAUUCAAAGGAAGUUUCGCUAAAUCUGAAGAGCCACAAACAAUUUUUGCAAAAAUGCUGAUUUCAAUCUGCAGCGUUGUUGGAUUCAGUUUCAAUUUUUAUUUGUUUCUACAAAUAUAUAAACUUAUUACUAUCAUGAGCUCCACCAAACGAAAGUAUGCCGAGGCUGUCAGUGAAUUGCAAGCAUACAUGAAAAUAAAGCAGUUCCCGAUGGAAGUGAAAAAUAGAUUGUUGUUUUACUAUGAGAAAAAAUUCGAAAAGUACUAUUUUGCUGAGGACAAGAUCCUGGAAAUGUUAUCAGAGCCCCUCAAAACAAGGAUAUCUGAAAACAGUGCUCGGCGCUUCUUCGAACAAGUUCCAGUAUUCAAGGAUAUCCCGAGUAACACGUUAUUAAAAUUGGUUCAAAGCAUGGAGAAGGAAAUCUAUCUACCGAACGAUAUACUCUUGAAGGCUGGAACGAAGGGCUCGAAAAUGUAUUUCAUCUACACAGGUUCCGUUGCCAUAUACACACAAUCGGGAAAGGAAAUUGCACACAUGUAUGAUGGGAACCAUUGUGGCGAAGUUUCACUUUUCUUGAAGACAAAGCGUCUGGUCAAUGUGAUAGCCAUCGAAUUCACCCAGGUUUUCGUGCUGCGAAGGAAAGUGUUUCUUGAUCUGAUCUCACCGGACAGCGUACUGUACCGACGUCUGGAGGAUAUUGCCAAAGAACGAAUGCAGCUCGUGUUGCAGGAAGAGGAGCAGUACAAAAGUCACCUGCUAAUGGUGAACGCUGGCAAUGAAUGAGGCAUAUUCAGGAAAAAUUAUUCACAUUUAGUCGCCCUGGAAACGGAAGUCUUCUCAGGCACAGC